AUGGAUAAGCUCUUUCGCCGCGGAGAGGCCCAUGAGGCCUACGAGGUGAAUUACACGGCAGACCUCAACGAGCCAGAAGCAGCAGCAGCGCAGCAGCAGCAGCAGCAGCAGCAGCAGCUGCUGCUGCAGCAGCAGCAGCAGCAGCAGCACGCAGCAGCAAAGACGGCGAAGGCGCUGGACGCGCUGCAGUGGAGCGCUGCAGCAGCAGCAGAAAAGUGA